CGAAUUUGUCUACGAAAUAAAAAAAUUGCAACUGCUAGCUGCUAUGAGUGUGACUAGAAAUAUACCUAAUAAUUUUCAACCUCAAAUAAAGGAAAAUUGUAAUAUAUUCUCUCAUUCCAAAUUUGCCUUACCAAAAGGCGAAGUGGUUGUAGUCACCAUCGGAGCGAAGGUCACCAUCGGAGCGAAGAUCUAUUUCGCAGUUACAAAUAUAUCCAAAGAACGCUCAAUUGUGGUUAUCGAAAUCCGAACGCAGAAGCUUUGAGAAUGGGGAGUUUGAGAUCGAUUCUGAAGCAUCCAGAUGACUUUUACCCGUUGCUGAAGCUCAAAAUGGCGGCCAGAAACGCCGAGAAGCAGAUCCCGCCGGAGCCGCACUGGGCGUUCUGUUAUACUAUGCUCCACAAGGUUUCUAGAAGCUUCGCGCUCGUCAUUCAGCAACUCGAUACCGACCUUCGCAACGCGGUUUGCAUAUUCUAUCUGGUUCUUCGAGCGCUCGACACCGUUGAGGAUGAUACUAGCAUAGCUACAGAUGUCAAGGUGCCAAUACUGAUAGCCUUUCACCGUCAUAUUUAUGAUCGCGAUUGGCACUUUUCAUGUGGCACAAAGGAGUACAAAGUUCUAAUGGACCAGAUUCGUCAUGUUUCAACUGCUUUUCUGGAACUUGGAAAGAACUAUCAGGAAGCAAUUGAGGACAUUACAAAAAGAAUGGGUGCUGGAAUGGCCAAAUUUAUUUGCAAGGAGGUUGAAACAAUUGAGGACUAUGAUGAAUAUUGUCACUACGUGGCUGGACUUGUUGGGCUGGGUUUAUCAAAGCUCUUCCAUGCCUCUGGUUCAGAAGAUCUGGCUUCAGAUUCCCUUUCCAAUUCAAUGGGCCUGUUUCUUCAGAAAACAAACAUCAUUCGAGAUUAUCUGGAAGACAUCAAUGAAAUCCCCAAGUCACGCAUGUUCUGGCCACGACAGAUUUGGAGUAAAUAUGUUAACAAACUCGAGGAUUUGAAAUAUGAGGAGAACUCUGUUAAGGCAGUACAAUGCUUAAAUGACAUGGUCACUAAUGCUCUGAUUCAUGCUGAAGAUUGCUUAAUAUACAUGGCUGCUUUAAAGGACCUGGCUAUAUUUCGCUUUUGUGCUAUACCCCAGAUAAUGGCAAUUGGAACACUCGCAUUAUGUUACAACAACAUUGAGGUCUUCAGAGGUGUAGUUAAAAUGAGGCGAGGUUUAACUGCCAAGGUGAUUGACCGAACAAAGACUAUGGCUGAUGUCUAUGGCGCUUUCUUUGAUUUUGCUUGUGUGUUGGAGUCCAAGGUUGACAAAAAUGAUCCCAAUGCAACAAAAACACUGAGUAGGCUGGUAGCUAUUCAGAAAACUUGCAGAGAAUCUGGUUUCUUGAGUAAAAGAAAAUCGUACAUUGUGAAGGAUGAAAGUGGAUACGGCUCCACCAUGAUUGUCAUCCUGGUCAUCCUGGUUUCCAUCAUUUUUGCUUAUCUGUCUGCUAACCACCAUAAUAACUAGUGUAAGUUAAGUUUUAUUUUUAUAUUUAACGUACGAUCACAUUGUAAGAACAAUUAUCUUCUUUUAUAAAAUCGUCCACUCCCUUUUUUUCA